GUGAAAGUGGCUGAGAUGGGUUUCAGUAGGGCUUAGGGAGGGAUAGAGUGGGGGGUGGGGAUUGAGGAAGUUGGCAGUGACGACUAUGGUGGUUGAGGUUGGGCGUGAAGAAGGAAGAAGUAGUGAUCCAGUGUGGUUGGACUAAAUUGUUCUCCACUGUUUUGAUGGAACUCAAGCGCCCCUCAGAUUAGAAGCGCAUGAAGAAUUCAGAAGCCAGUAUUCUCUGAAGGAUAAAUCAAACCAUUCGAGGAGGCGAGGAGCCCAGUUUAAGCUAUCUCAGGAAAUAUUUUGGUGAGUCAGUUAUGUUUGGUUUUCUCUGUUCAAGACAGCUACUAGUACUCAAACACAGGAGGACCCAUUUGGGUUUUCUUCAGCAAACUGGUGUCUUUAUUGUCAAAUCGUUUACAUCAGUUGGUAGUUUAGUUGAAUCUAAUGAAAAACCAGAAGAGGAAAAACAUUCUUUUGUAGUGUCUUACCUCAUUAACUCUUGUGGGUUGUCCGCAAAAUCUGCAAUUUUAGCAUCCCGGAGCGUAGUAUUUCAGAACCCAGAGAAACCAGACUCAGUGCUGAAUUUUCUUAAAGAGAAUGGAUUCAGCAAUGCCCAGAUCUCCCAAAUCGUCAGGAGUCAUCCACUGGUUCUUUUAGCUCACCCGGAGAAGACCCUUUUGCCCAAGAUUGAGCUUAUCCGUUCCAUAGGGAUUUCGAGCUCCGACCUCACUACCAUCAUUGCUUCAAACACAUUACUGUUCAAAACCAACUUAAAGAAACGUCUUAUCGGGUCCUAUGAUUUCCUUAAGACUGUACUUGUUGACGAGAAAGUCCUGACAACUUUCAAGCGCUCACCACGGGCUUUUCUAUCCGAUGUAACGAAUACUAUGGCUCCUAAUAUUGCACUUAUGAGACAACUUGGAGCGCCUCUAUCUACAAUCUCAUUCUUGGUAAGUAAUCAUCCCUCUACAGCGUUUAUUAAGCAUACUAGGUUUGCUGAGGCUGCCCACCAGGUUACGGAAAUGGGAUUCGAUCCCUUAAAAACGGUGUUUGUCCUGGCAAUCCAAGCAUUAUUGAAGAUGAGUAAACCAAAGCUGGAAUCAAGAUUGGAGCUUUAUAAGAGGUGGGGUUGGUCAAGGGACACGGCCCUCGCAGCAUUUAAAAGGCAUCCAAAUUGUUUGGUAGUUUCAGAAGAGAAUAUGACGAAAACAAUGGAUUUCCUUGUGAACAAAAGUGGUUGGACAUCAACAGAUGUUGCUACAAAUCCUCGAGUUAUAAAUUUAAGCUUGGAAAAAAGAAUUAUCCCUCGGUGGUCGGUUGUUCAAAUUUUGCUAGCCAAGGGUUUGGUCAAGAAUAACUUGGCCUUGGGGACUUUCUUGCUACCGAGUGAGAGGGUGUUUUUGGAGAAGUUUGUGAUCAGAUUUCGGGAUGAUGUUCCUCAAUUGUUGAAGGUAUAUCAGGGUAAGAUGUCUGCUUCAUGUCAGAUUUCAGUCUGAAAAGUCACAGGCUCAUCUGAAAAGAGGGGUGGUAUUAUGUUUUGGAGUGGAUUCCAAAGAAAGCAAUUGGUGUUAAACCAUAUUCAGCACAUCCAGCCAUGACUGUCGUGCCUCCAGCUCCAACCUGUCAAGACCAUAAAAGGAAAGAAUCAUACGCAUCACCAUCCAGCAAUUAUCAUGCAAUAUCUGCUCAACAAGGAAAGGAACAAUCUGCAAUGGUCAAGGAUAUCAUAUCCAUGUACAAGGAAAGACAAUCAGUAUCCUAACAAAUCAAUAUUAGUCAUGUCCAUUAUUAGUUUAUAUUUGACACCAUUUACUAUGUAUACAGCAACGAUAACUUAGGACAGUUUGUGUAUAUAAUACCUAGCAUAUCACAUUGUAAUGCAAGCAAGGAAGCAUUUUUCAAUAAUACAUAAUUCUCAUUCAGUCCA